AUGGACGAAAUUGGCGACCACCCGGACGAAGAGAAAGACGUCGAGGCUAUCAUCAAUGGCCAGCUAGCAUCCGCGCUAUUAGACACUGAACAGGCCAAUUUACAUUGCGGAGUCUUAGAGACACUCGCGGAUUAUACCCCCCUCGGGGUACAGGAUGACACUCCCAAAGUACUCCGUCUCUUUGUAGACAAACUCCCAGCCAAGGGACAGUUGGUCCUGCUCUCGGAGAUUAUGCGAUAUAAGAACAAUCCAGCCAAGCUGAGGCAGCUCCGUGACUUCCUCAUCCAAGCCAUUUUGAUACCUCUCAAAACUCAUUCAAAGCGCAAAACUGAAGAAGACAUUGUGUCGCCAGUAUCUGCUUCGAGUUCCGAGAUAGAACGCCCAGAUCCGCUUCUUUUGGAGAUCGAGUCCUAUGUCGAUGAUUCAGAGUUGAGAAGAGAUUGCCUCCUCCGCGAUGGCGGCCAAUGUGUCGUCACGAAGUGGUUUGACAAGGGCUGGUUGGAGAAGAAGUUCUCUGGGCAGAUGAUGCCUCAAGGCUGUAUGAGCACCCUAGACUGCGUUCACAUUAUCCCGUUCUCGAUUGGGAAUUCCGACGAGCGGAAGCAAAAGGGGAAGAUUUGGUGGGCGCUGUGGAGAUACUUCCCUGAUCUUAAGGGGAAGAUCGCCCCCGACACAAUCGAUCAGACUGGCAACGCUUUCAUGGUGCAGGCAAUAGUCCAUGACGAUUUCGGAGACCUCGAAUUUGGUUUCGAGCGGCAACAUGAUUCGACUGCGAAAUACAACAUCCGCUGGUUUUGCGCAUGGAAUCCCGCUAUCGGCCUAUUCAAAAACUACCCCGAAGUGGUGGAAUUCGCUUCUUGGUUCUCCUCCCCCUCUCGUAUUUGCCUCUGUUUCUGCCACCACUCUUCUCUAUCCUAAAGUACCUCUGUUAUGCAUAUAUUCCUCAAAGAAUAUACUUCAAGAGAUAUAAAUGGGGAUAGCGGU